AUAUAAAUUGAAAAAUGUUUUCUUUUUGGUUAGUUAGUUUUUUAACAAAUACUCGUUUGCUUUCGGUUGAGGACUAACAAUUGCAAAACAAAAACUACGAAAAGGAAGCGGAUACGAAAAACUAUAAACGGUCUCAACAUGAAAGUUGAAUUAUCAUUUUUGACGCUGAUCCUUGUUGUGUCGUGUACGGCGGCGGCAGUUCAAAAGUAUGAAUUGAAAUGCACUGAAAAGGAAGUUGAUAUACUUUGGCCUGUGUAUGAAGACAGCGCCAAGUAUUUGCGUUGUGCUUCCGUAGGAAAGCAUGUGGAAAUGAAAUGCAAUGCUGGAACAGUCUUCUCAUUUGUCUAUCAAGGCUGUGUAAUGAUUGAUGAUUACAUUCCACCACCGCCAGUAGAUAGUUUACCACUUGAUAAUACACCUUGUGAUGAUGAAACAACAGCAAACACUCCUGAAGGAAGUACGACUACGACUUCGACUAAGCCUCCGUUAACUUUGCCUACACCACAGCAUCCACCAUCAACAACUAAAACCACCACUGAAAAGCCUACCAAGACGACAAAAUCAACAACUACCACCACUGAAUCUGCUCCAACAGCUCCUGGUCCUCCAACAGGUUCACCACCUGCUCCUCCAACUGGUAGCCCACCUGGUCCUCCAACUGGCGGACCACCAGGUCCACCAACUCCAGCACGUCCAACAGCUGGUCCCGGAGUACCAGGGCCACCAUCUCCUCCGGCAACAGGUGUACCAAUGCCAAACACCCCAGCUCCAACACCACCAGUCAUCGAUAAUAGCCCACCAAAUGUUGGUGUCACACUACCAAGCGAUGAUGCUCGAAGAAAGAAGUAAGAACCCUACAAAAAUGAAAACAUCCUCCUCGAGGAGUCGUAUGGAGUCCUAUGGGUUUUGAAAAAAUACAUUCCGUGAUAAACGUAAAAUAAAAUUUAAAAAUAUGUUCACACAAGAAUUAAAUUUAGAAUUUUUCUACUCCAAAAAUCUUAUACUUAUAAAUAUUAGAAAGCCAAAUUUCCAUAAACAUUGAUUUCAACUGAUAGAAUUCCUAAUUUUAACUCAUUUAUAAAUUGCCACGUGCUUGGGCAAUCAUUAGUUUCCAUAUUUUAAUUCUUUCUUGUACAAAACUCUUUUAAUAAAAGACGAAAAUCUCACUUUA